AUGCCUACCGAUGACAUCGCGGCCGUGCUCACGCCGCCAGUCGACGAGUAUGAGAGCACGCUGGCCGGUCGCUCCACUUGUCCUCCAGAGGAACUGCGCAUUCACCCAUCGCACAUUGUGACUAUCGCGCCAUAUUCACAGAAUGCGCUCGAAGACGAUACCCCAAUCGAUGCUCCAGCGCAGCAGCCAACGCCGCCUCCGACGGAUGACCCAGCAUCGCCCGCGCGCGCACGUUCUCCGUCAGAAUCGCAUCCUAAACCCAUAGAAACGUCUGUCGAUGGCCCCAUGCGGGAUAUUCCCACACCAAUGAGCACGGCAGACGAUAGCACUGAGGAACCGCGGCACACGCAUGCUUCACCGCUUUCAGCGACAGCACCAUCGACCGCCUCCUGGUCACAGCAGAGAUAUCCUACACCGCCGUACUCAGGCCACAGAUUUCUUCCCAACUCGUCCUCAUCGCUCCUCCGCCCCGGCAGUCGCUUCAAAGGAAACCAAACCUCGGAUCGGCAGCAGUACGAAGUAGAAGUCGAGAUCAAAUAUGUAGAUAUGCGCGACUCAUUCCUGUGUGGGUAUCUGCGCAUCAAAGGCCUGACAGAAGACCACCCAAGCUUGACCACAUAUUUCGAGGGCGAAAUUAUUGGCAGCAAAUAUACUUUUAUCACACAGCAUCCGGAAUGGGGUUCCAAUGAGAAGGUGGACCGGCAGCACUGGGGUAGAUUCUCAGCAUACAAGCCGCUCUCCAAGUACUCAUCGCGACCGGAACUGGUAUCAAAAGAUUGGAUGCAGAAGGAGCAUCUUUUCAUGCGCUGGAAGGAGUACUUCCUCGUUCCGGACCACCGUGUCAAAACCAUAAAUGGCGCGAGUUUCGAGGGGUUCUAUUACAUCUGCUUCAACCAGGUUUCUGGCAGCAUUGAAGGAAUAUACUUCCACGCUAAGAGCGAGAAAUUCCAAAAGUUGCAAUUAGAACACGUUGAGGAUCACGGGUGUCAGGGCGCAAUUGAGUUCCGAUAA